AUGGAAUCACAAAACUUCGAAUUUGGCCAGAUGCCAUCGGCACCAAUGGUCCCUGUUACAAAUUCUCCCACGACGAAUACCAGUAUAGGUGGUCUAAACCUUACUACAGCUCAACAAAAUCAAGCUCAAGUAUUGAUGCUGGAAAAUACUCAGAAUCAGAUGGUAGUUUUAAAUGCUACUCCAACUUCUCAUUCACGACCUCCUCAAUUAUCAACAAGUCUGGCUACUACUGCCUCUGGAACUAUUGCUACUUUAAAUUCCAUAAACGACUCUUCUCAAGAUAUAACAAUGUUGGUUAACCAAGAACAAUUACCUGUUUUAGUUAUGAAUGCUGCUCCUGCCACUUCAAUGGAAGCUACAAACUCUCCUCAAAUAACAAUAAGUAGUGUUUCUACCACCGUUUCACUGGACCCUUCUCUGAUCCACGACCCUUCAAAAAUGAUGGUAGCCUCUCAACAAGAUCAACAACAAACUCAGUUAACUCUUACUGAUGUUUCUCCUCAAGUAGUUUUAGCUGCUCCACAAGAACAACAACCUACUGUAGUAAAU